UGUGAUAUGAAAAGUUAAUUUUUCUUGUUUGGAAAUCUAUGCACUUAAGGUCGAAAUCACAGCAGUAGUGUUAACAAAGAGCCCAAUCCAAGCAAAGCAAAGAGUGGCGCAAAAAUGGCGGCUGCUGCUGCUGCUGCUGCUCUAACACCCGCUACUCCUCUCCGAUUCAAACCGUACUCUACCCUUCGUUUCCUUUCAUUUUAUUCCAAAAACCCAAUAACCCCACGCCUUUUCCCGCCGCUUCCUCGCCGCCCGGUCCACUUUCAAUCGACUUUCCAUCGGAAACGAUGCUUCUGCUCCGUUAUUUCCGCCGCGCUGCAGUCCGGGGAGGUGAAGAAAACAGAAUUCCGAGAAAAGAAAGUUGACGAAAUGGGGAACAAAGUAGGCGAAUUUAGGAAAAAGGUGAAGAUAGCUGACAUAAAAGGAGGACCUGAUGAAGGUUUGAAUCGGGUCGGUCAGACUCUGGUGGUUAUGGGUUGGGUUCGGACUUUCCGGGCUCAAAGCAGCGUUACAUUCCUUGAGGUAAAUGAUGGUUCGUCCCUUUCAAACAUGCAAUGCGUGAUGAAUUCGGAUGCUGAAGGUUAUGAUCAGGUGGAAUCUGGCUUGGUUUCUACUGGUGCAUCUAUAUGGGUGCAAGGGACUUUGGUGGCUAGCCAAGGGUCAAAGCAGAAGGUGGAACUGAAGGUUGAAAAAGUUGUUUUGGUUGGAAAAAGUGAUCCUUCCUAUCCCAUUCAAAAGAAAAGGGUCAGCCGAGAAUUUUUGAGAACUAAAGCUCAUCUUCGUCCUAGAACAAACACAUUUGGUGCGGUUGCACGAGUGAGGAAUGCUUUGGCUUAUUCAACGCAUAAGUUUUUUCAAGAAAAUGGUUUUGUAUGGAUCUCAAGUCCUAUCAUUACGGCUUCAGAUUGUGAAGGAGCUGGUGAACAGUUCUGUGUUACUACUUUGAUUCCAAGCUCCAGAGAAGCUGCUGAUUCUCCUGUGAAUGCCAUUCCUAAUACAAAAGAUGGAUUAAUUGAUUGGUCUCAGGAUUUUUUUGGCAAACCUGCAUUCUUGACAGUUUCCGGCCAACUUAAUGCUGAAACAUAUGCUACAGCUCUUACCGAUGUGUAUACAUUUGGACCCACCUUUCGAGCAGAAAAUUCAAACACAUCUAGGCACUUGGCUGAAUUUUGGAUGAUUGAACCAGAGCUGGCUUUUGCUGAUCUGAAUGAUGACAUGGCCUGCGCUACUGCAUAUCUCCAGUAUGUAGUGAGACACGUGCUCGAUAAUUGCAAGGAAGACAUGGAAUUUUUCAACACUUGGAUCGAGAAAGGAGUCAUUGAUCGACUGAAUGAUGUGGCUGAGAAAGACUUUGUGCAGCUGACUUAUACUGAUGCAAUUGAACUUCUUCUGAAAGCAAAUAAAAAUUUUGAAUUCCCGGUGAAAUGGGGAUGUGAUUUGCAAAGUGAGCAUGAACGAUACAUAACCGAAAAAGCAUUUAAUGGAUGCCCUGUGAUCGUCAGGGACUAUCCUAAGGAGAUCAAAGCAUUCUAUAUGCGGGAAAACGAUGAUGGGAGGACCGUAGGAGCAAUGGAUAUGUUGGUACCUCGGGUUGGUGAGCUCAUUGGUGGAAGCCAAAGGGAAGAGCGACUCGAUUAUCUGGAAAAUCGUUUAGAUGAGCUGAAGCUUAGUAAGGAGAGCUACUGGUGGUAUCUCGAUCUGCGUCGUUAUGGUUCAGUCCCUCAUGCGGGGUUUGGACUCGGCUUCGAGAGGCUGGUGCAGUUUGCGACCGGAGUUGAGAAUAUAAGAGAUGUGAUACCUUUCCCAAGAACACCUGGUUCUGCUGAAUUUUAGUGCUGCAACAACCAUUAAUAAGUUUUCAUAUUCUCUAAGCAGUUCUUUCUUUUCCUUUCUCAAUAUAUAUAUUUUAGUGAUUCAAUAUAUAUGUUUUAGGGUAAACUACACGAGUGACCACUCAACUAUUACCCCCUUUCAUUCUGAUUAUUCUAUGAUUUGUUUUUUUA